UGAGAGCACUUAACCAAACUCUCUAAGCGCUUUGCCUGUUUUCGAUAACACAUACAUGGAGAUGGAGGAUCAAAUGGAAAGCCAGAAGAGCAGAGGAGUGAGCAAAGAAAACCUGAUAUCUGAACACACAGGAUCGUUGGGGUGUUGUGGCUGGGUACUUGUCAUUAUCUCUGGCUUUUUCACCUGCUUACUCUUUCCCUUCACCAUUUGGUUUUGCAUAAAGAUUGUUCAAGAAUAUGAACGAGCAGUGAUCUUCAGGUUGGGUCGUGUCACUGACAGAAAGGCCAAAGGACCAGGCAUUUUUGGCAUUCUUCCAUGCACUGAUAGCUUGGUAAAAGUCGACUUGAGAACAGUUUCAUUUGACAUCCCACCACAGGAGAUCUUGACAAAGGACUCGGUAACCGUCAGUGUGGAUGGGGUGGUGUACUUCCGGGUCAGUGAUCCCAUUGCCUCUGUGGUGAAUGUGUCCAACGCAGACUUUGCCACGCGCCUCCUGGCUCAAACCACUCUCAGGAACGUCCUGGGCACCAAGAACCUGGCCGAGCUGCUGUCUGACAGAGAGGGCAUCGCACAUAGUAUGCAGAGCAAUUUGGAUGAAGCCACAGACGACUGGGGGAUCAAAGUGGAGCGAGUGGAGAUAAAGGAUGUGAAGCUACCCAUUCAGCUGCAGAGAGCCAUGGCUGCUGAGGCAGAGGCCUCCAGAGAGGCCCGAGCUAAGGUGAUAGCAGCAGAGGGAGAGAUGAAUGCAUCGCGCGCUCUUAAAGAGGCGUCUUUGGUCAUUGCUGAGUCUCCAUCUGCGCUGCAGCUGCGGUAUCUCCAGACUCUCAACACUAUAGCUGCAGAGAAGAACUCCACCAUCAUCUUCCCCCUGCCCAUUGAUAUGAUGUCACACUUUAUGAAGAAGUAAAAACCUGGACAAAAA